CUUUGAAAAGUUUCAAAACUCUUAACGCCUCUCGUAGUUAAAGAGACAUUUCAACAACCAAAACACACACAUAUAGACACAGCAACAGAGAUGGUUAAACUCACACAAGUUGAAGACGAAUUAGACAUCAGAGUCCAAGACGAAACUCUUGGAGAAGGUCCAAUCGUCGAGUCCGAGAAGGAAGAAGAAUACGACGACGAGGAUGACGAAGACGAGGAUGACUUUGACGAGGACGAAACCAUCUACGAGAGAAUCGUUGCCUUGAAGGAUAUCGUUCCACCACAACAGAGAGACCAAGUUUCCGGCUUGGUGUCUGGUGUCUACAGCACUGUUUACUCCGCCGUGUCAAAAGCCGGUAACAUCACUUGGGUGUUGACAACUUCUGCAUUGCUCUUGGGUGUUCCUUUGUCAUUGUCCAUUCUCGCUGAACAGCAACUCAUGGAGUUGGAGAAGGAGUUCAAGCUUCAACAAGGCGCCAACGACAUCUUGGCCUCUGGUGACCAACCAGCUGCUGCUGCUGCGCCAGCUACUGCUUAAGCGCCAUCCAUUACGUUCUUGUUUCCUCGUUUUCGUUUUGGCAUGCCAUGUGUCAAUUCAUUACUGUAUAUACAUGAUUUACUCCUUAACAAGUUUCUUGUUGACUAUGUUUUGUCUCUCGUUGUAUAUUCCAGUUAUGGGAUGUAUAUGUAGUAAAGUUAAUGACGUGUAUGGCUCUAUCACCUCAGUUACUCCUUCUUUGGAUAUUUAAUACUGAGUGCGUAAAUGUCUAGAUAUAUUGUAAUUUCAUAGAUGAUCUCUGUGAUGAACAUGGCGUGGAACCCAAGACUCAACCCGAAUCCGGUCCAAACAAGGUAUCCGGUCA